GUUGAUAUCAAUUUGCGAUAAAACUGGCAUGUUGAUAGUGUCACUCAAGUUCAGUUUGUUGAUUGCUUCAACAAUAUUUAGUGAUCUAAAAUACUACUGGCUGUUAGGACCUGUCUGUAUAUCUACGCCCUAACUAAUAUGAUAUCUCAAUUUAAUUGGUUGGAAUUUUCACCCUUAUUUCACUAUAUAAGAAACAUUAGUUUCCCGCUUUUUAGGUUGUGGAAUUAUGGCUGAGUCUAGUGAUUCAUCUCGUGUGAUAUUGAUCCCGAUUGAUGGAAGUGAUCAUUGUGAUCGAGCAUUUCGUUGGUACUUGGAAAAUAUGAAACGGGACACUGACUGCAUAACAUUUGUACACGUAAUAGAGCCAGUUUAUAACACUCCAGCCAUCGGAAUGACAAUGGAAUCUCCUCCUAUACCUGAUAUGACACGAGUUAUGGAAGAAAGCAUUGAACAAGGUAAAAAGCUUGGUCAGAAGUAUAUGCACGAAGCUAAAAGCUACAAGCUCAAUGCUAAGGCGUUUUUACAUGUUGACACCAAACCUGGUAGUUCUCUAGUGAAAGCAAUCUCAGACCAUAAAGCAAACGUUAUUCUGAUGGGCAAUCGUGGUCUUGGAGCUAUUCGUCGUACAUUCUUGGGGAGUGUUAGCGAUUAUGUUCUUCAUCACGCUCAUAUUCCUGUAGUCAUCGUCCCACCUCAAGAGAAGCAGUAACGUUUUCUUCAGUUAUAAUCAUUCAUUUAAGAGUUAGAAAUUAUUACUUUGUGUAAGUUACUGUUAAAUCAUUUUGAUACAAAAUCUAUCUUAUCUAAUUAUCCGAUAUUUGUUUUCCUCCUGUUCUCAGAAUAUAAUCAUACUUAUCU